CUCCGCCUCCGCCGCCACCGCCUCCUACUACCACGACCACUACCACGGCCAUCACUCUUGCUGCUGCUGCUGCUGCUGCUCCCGGGGAAUGCGACGCCUGUCCGCCGCACCGCCUUUUGCCAGAGCCCCGUCCCGGCCUGCACAGCCAGCGCCCAUCGCGACCCGGCACUCUUCACGUCAUACCGCGCCCUGCGCCUCCCAACAGCUCCCAGCGCCCUCAAUCGCAGAGCCCCGCGACCGCCCAGCCAUCGGCGCGGCCCGUCGAAUGCGCUAAGCAGCCCAUCUCUCUCGGUCCUGCUCGCCCGCCUCGACUCACCUCGCCGCCCUUGGACCCCUCGCCCUCCACCAGCCCUUCAAGCUGGCGGCUCUGUCGCAUCAGUCGUUCGCGGGGCUCGCGGGUGCUACGGCCAGAGGCCUCCCUCGUCCCGCCAUGAACGACAAGGACCCACCGCCGUUUGGCUACACCUUUUCCGAAGACUUCUUCGACAACACGCCCUCGCACUACGACAACAAUGGCCCGUCGCUGCUCAGCGACAUGGAGAACCAGCAGCUCGACAACUUCUUCUCGUCGACCAACCCCUUCGACCUGCUCGACCCCACCGCCCUCCCGCCGGCCCUCGACGACAAGGCGAGCGCGCACGACUACAACAACUGGGAGGACUUCAUCGCCCCGCCCACGGUCCACCGCGUCACGAGCACAAUACCCGACCAGACCCGCCUCCAGAGCUCCUUCCACCAGGAACCGCACCACGCGCCUGUCCCCCAGAGCUCCUUCCUUGCCAACACCGAGGACGAGCUCCAGGCAGCCACGACGCUCUUCAACCACGCCCAGCCCUCGUAUGCAAACGGCCGCCUGCACAGCUUCCACGAGCAGCCGACGGCAAACACCGGUUUCUUGGCAAACGUCGCGCCCGACCUGAACCACGGCUCGCUGCCCAUGGGCAUGCCGCAACACGGACUUUUGAAUGAGCGCAUGUCGUCGUUGCUGCCACCCCACGCCGGCCCAGCUCUCGGCCCUCAAUUUCCAGCCCAGUGGGAGAACAAAGCCCCGCAGCACCAGCGCCAGGACUUUGGCCCGCCCUUGCACAAGGUCGAUCUCAAGAGGGCUUACACGUUCGGCACGGACAAUUCUUUCAAUAGCCCGUCCGGCUAUUCCGCAUCCAAUGGCCGCUCGGCCGAAAACAGCGCCGCAAGGCACUCGAUACACGACGUGCAAGAAACCCACCAGCAUCUAUUGCGCGCGGUAGCCGGCAUCGAAUCCGCACGAACUAGCGCGGCCCCGUACCAUGAUUCAUCUUCGGCUGUUGCCGCUCCGCCACGCGAUGAAGACGACGAUGAAGACGAGCAGUCGGACAACUCGGCAUCAAACGAAGAGCAGGAAGAACGGCCGUCGAAGAAACGGAAGAAGAGUCAAGCCCAGCAUGGUAAGGAUACACCAAAGAAGGCUGCGCGUACCAGCAAAGCUCGCAAGACUUCGCUGGCAGACGAGAAGAAGAAACGAGCCACUACGGCCACGCACAAGGCACCCCGCGAAAACCUAACGGAGGAGCAAAAACGAAACAAUCACAUUCUCUCUGAGCAAAAGCGUCGAGAUCUGAUCAAGCAGGGCUACAAGGACUUGAAUGAGGUUGUCCCGGCAGUUCGUGGUGGCGGGCUGAGCAAGAGCCAGAUCUUGGUAGAAGCGGCGACAUUCCUUGAAAAGUUAAUUGCGGAUAACCUUGCAUACCGGAAGGCGGUUGGUUGAUGAGAACGACAAAGAUUGAACGGCGAUGUUGAUUUUUAGAUGGCCUGACUGCCGCCAGAAGCCGGUCAGUUGGGUAACACCUAAAGCGUCCAAGACUCUGACGCCACGAAAGCUCCACGCUUGGCUCCUGUUGGGAAAGAGCGAUGGAAAGGGAAAGUUGGAAUGUGGGCUUGGCCGGAAAGCAAAGGGAGUCGCCAAUGCGCCCUACGAGGUAUGAAGUGUCAUGGCAGAGGUAAAGAAAGGAGAAGAAGAGA